UAAAUUGUCUACAGUGAAUCUUGCAUUUUAAGAAAAGCUUUUGAUAAAGCCAAGUUGAGUAAGGUUGAAACUUUCUUAAUAUGCAUAUUUCUUUCCAUCCAAUCAUUGCUUCCAUUUGGUUUUGGUAAAUGCAUUUAUCUUGUGAAGUUGUUUUAUUUGGUUUUGUUUGUUCCGUUCACCGUUGUCAUGUGGGAAGUUUGACACAUUCUUUUCGCACAAGUCCUUUUGUGGCUAGACCACAGAGGUCGUUUAUUGAAGGAAUUCGAAUAUGUCAAAGGAGAAGUCGUAGGAUAUUUAGGAAAAUUGCAAGAAUAGAACAUUCUGUUUUAUAUAUGAGCUCAGAAACAGAUUUAUAUGGUCAUGAUAGGAGAAAGAACAAGUCCCAUGUACGUUCUAAGCCAUUUGCAACACAUUCAACAGCCGAAGAUGGCUUUGUUUUGGAAGAGGAAGAAGAGUGUGUCGAAGAUGCCGAGAGUUCAAGUAGUUCACGUCUUCCUGGUUGGUCUUUGCCUUUGUUUAUAAUAUACGUUUCUCAUUCUUUGUGUGCUUAUGCAGUAUUGCUAUUAGACAGACCAGUUCGUAUUGAUCAGAAAAGGAGAUUCAGUUGGAACGAUUUCUUUCUGGUGUUGGUGUUAAUAGCUGUUGUGUACGCAGUUGUAUCGACUUUUUCUCACGUAUUUACUGGAAUAUCUCCAUCGGAACUUGCCAUAAGCACAAAUCCAAAAUCUCUGCCUUGGCAAGUAUUCUUGUUUUGUACUCUUCUAUCAUUAGGGUUUACUUACUUGUUAAAUAGGUAUGCUUUGCAGAGUACUCUUCGCAUUUCUUUAGCAUAUAUUGUUUCACUUCUUUUUGCUCUUGUUUAUGCUUAUCUCGCCUACAAAGUAGAAUUUGCAGCACAGUUUCUAUUAUUGGUAUUGGAUAUCCUUCAAUCAAUUCCUCUGUUAUCUUUCCUUCCAGGAGUUGUUCUUGGUAUAAUCUACAUUUUUCCUGGACAGAGAAUAGGCGAAGAGAUUGCUGCAAUAUUGUUAUUGUUUACUAGUAUGGCAUGGAAUAUUGUUUUUUGUUUCUAUCAAAGUCUUUGUGGCAUUCCGAAAGAUUUGAAUGAAGCAGCGGAAAUAUUUCGUUUGAAUCCUUGGAAACGUUUUUGGUUAUUAGAAUUGCCAUCAGGUGCUAUUUCUCUUGUCUGGAAUUCUAUCAUUUCAGUAGCUGGUGGCUGGUUCUUUUUAAUAAGUAUUGAAUCUUUUAUUUUGGGAAAUCAAGACUUUCGCAUUCCGGGUUUGGGAAGUUUCCUGGCUGUGGCUGCCAACGAAGGAAACUUUCGCUCUAUCUGGUUUGGUCUAGCAACCAUUAUUUUGGUUAUUGUUGUUCUUAAUUAUUUAAUUUGGUGGCCUCUGAUUGCGUGGACUGAGAAAUUCAGCUAUAGCUAUCAAAGGAAUGCAGAAAUAAGUCGAUCUUCUGUACUCAACUUUUUACAACGUUCAUCUUUAUUACGCAGCUUUCAUGACCGAUUCUUUGUACCUUUCUGGGAUUGGUUUGUGAACUUGCAGUUGAAACAAGUUGGAACAGAACCCUACAUGUCUUCCAAUGUAGUUGAGGUGGAUCGAUGGAAACGAAACCUUCUGAAGGUCAUUCCCUCUCUAUUCAUUGGAGCAUUUUGGAUAUUUACUAUUAUUGGCGUCUAUGCGGCUUCAAAUGUAUUGCGCAGUUUAAAUUUGCUUAUUUGGAAGAAGUUGUUUGUAGCAUCCUUGUUGACAUGUGCAAGAGUAGUUGCAGCCCUUGCAUUAUCGUUAGUAAUAACUGUUCCAGUAGGAGUCAUGAUUGGGCGGAAUCAAAGACUUUCUGCUUAUUUACAACCGAUAGUGCAAAUUGCUGCUUCAGUUCCAGCUACUGCAUUAUUUCCUUUUCUUGUAUUGGCACUUACUAGGAUUGGUGGAGGUUUAGAGAUGGGUUCUAUAGCCUUGAUGAUGUUGGGUACGAUGUGGUAUAUUUUAUUUAACGUUAUUGCUGGAGCACAAGCCAUUCCUUUUGAAUUCUUCGAAGUCGACCAAAUUUAUGGAAAAGGUGAUCGUUUUCUUAGAUGGAGAACUUUGAUUCUUCCGGGAAUUUUUCCUUAUCUAAUCACUGGUAUUGUGACUGCAGUUGGUGGAGCAUGGAACGCUUCGAUCGUAUCGGAAUAUGUAAAUUUUCAAGGAACACUUGUAAAGACUGAAGUACAGUAGUAAUGAGUGGUUUAGUAUUGUUGACGAA